AUGGCCGCUCCUGUUUCACUCGGGAGGUGGCCGCUCAUGAAUGUGCACCUUCGAAGCGAAGGUGUACGUGGACUGGGGCCCCACGCGUGUCCAGAUAUCAGGACACCUGUGGUUAAUUCAAAGUGGUUGCCGAAUUUUGCACGUCAACAUGGAAAAAUCGUGGAGGGCGGCUUCGCACGACCAAGGGAAGGUGCGGGGUCAGCGACGAUAGGCAGAUUACGCUUCUAUGACCAGGCCUGCAUGCCUUCAGAAUUCAGACUAGCAAGCCUUCUUCACAGUGCAAGAAGCAGGGCCCAGGUCUUUCAGCCCUUAUCGCGUUUCCCGGUGGCCAACAUAAUAAUCAGCAAAAAUCGACCCUUCAGCUCGUCCAGCUGCAACCCUGAAGUGCCUACGGCUCGCGUGUUCGCCAAGCACCUCGCACAUCUCGAUUCACCGGCACUGAUAGAAGGAUUGCAAGCUUACGAUAGAGGCCAGAUGCAACAGUCCUACCGGGGCUUCCGGCAACUCAGAGAGGCAUUGGACGCAGAGGGACCGUCAGGCAGGCCCUGUGCCAAGGCGCUGGUCCUGGGUUGCAUGUACACCGCCUUGUUUCAUGCUGGAGAGUACAAAGAAGCAAGGCGGUUUUCUGCAGAAGCUUGGGACUUGUCUCGUCAUUUUCCCGAGAAAAUGUCAGCCGAUGCAGCUACUGUAUGCGACAUUCAAGCAGUCCUCGAGGAGGCGAAAACAGAACCUGGUAGCUUUGGGGUUGCCUCGUCGCUUUUGCAAGAAGGCUGGGGAGGGCCGUCGGCGGACGCUUCCUUAGAACGGCCGUCUCAGCUUGUGGACCUUCGCAUCCUUCAGACUUCUCUGGCUGCGUAUAAGAGAGGAGCUGGGAUAGCAGGCAUCGGGAAAAGUUGGCAAAGACGAGAGAACGGCGAGACGGAAACGGCGGUUGGUCUCCCUGCUUCCUUCUUUGGGCUGAUGAAAGAAUAUAAUGCGUUCAUUCUGGAAUAUUUCGCAUCUCGGCCCGAGGAGACAUCAUCGGCUCCGGGGGGAGAUCCCGGUGGAGUGCUGCUGGCGGCCGAGCAAUUGACAAAUCAAGCGUCUUCAUUGCUACAACAUAACGAGGCUUUCUUCAGAGACAUCACGCCUUUUGCUGAACCGUCACCAUCAAUGGGGUCCCAGGCCGGUGGCGUUGGAGAUAUAGUGGAACGCAUCACGAAAAGGGAGAUUGCGGCUGAAUUGGUAAGGGGAAUCGCACUCCUCCAUGAGGGCGUGGGAACAGUUUUGAUAAAAGAAGAAAACAACGUGGCCACGCACUGCGACACCACUGCUCAGAAAUUGCACAUACUCGGUGACAAGGUGCUGAAAGAUGGACUCACACACUGCAAGAAGUACGCCUAUUUGAGCACGAAGAAUCUGUUGGCCCAGCUACUUUCUGCUCUUGCAACUUCGUUUAAACAACAGCAAGAGCCCGUCCUCAGUGAAGGACUUUUCCGGUCGUCUUUGAAUGAAUUCAACACAUCGAAAGGGCUCAAUGUGCAGCUGGCCUCGGUCCGUGACACAGCUGGUGAUAAAGAUCACCUUGGAGGGGAACCUCAUGUGGCUUAUCCGAGGCAAGCGAGGCUGGAUACGAUCGUUAGCUUCGGUGUCACUUUGUUGGAGUAUAGUGCUUUGUUGAGAAAGUGGGAUGGACGCGAGUAUGAGGCAGAAAUGUUUUCGCGCGCGGCGAACCAAAUUUUGGGGCUUUGCCAGCGUACUACACCGAAUGGCUCACUUUGGAAUAUUCCAGAUCGCCUGCACCUUUUGCCUCUUCUUUGGAAACCGUCAGUAUACCUGGCUCGUCCUCUCCUUGUCUAUGUCAAGGAGAGGGAAGCUGUCAGUGGUAACCGUACGUGA